UUUCAGCUGGGCUUGUCUCGCCACUGUGCCACGGGCACGGAAUUAUACUCGCCUUGCCCAAUAAGCCGGUCGUGGCUGAUCGAUCUUGGCUAUAAAGCCCGUCGAGCUCCUCGAAGCACAAUAUAGGAUGGCUAAGCUUGCUAAUCUACACCGCUGGGCCUCUCCAUUUUCCACCAUUUCAAACAUGACGCGCCGUAGAGGCUCACAAGGGCCAAGUCAUAGCACAAGGCAUAGCAACGGCGCUGACACCCACGGGAGCGUGGCAGGAACCCCACCCUACACCGUUCGAGAGGAACCCAUCGGGACUGCCAAACAUGUCAGAAUCGUGGGCAUCGGGGCGGGUGCUAGUGGUAUCAAUAUGGUACGAACCCUUCGAAGAAGCCUAUCCAGCUACGAACAUGUCAUCUACGAGAAGAACGAAAAGGUGGGCGGUACUUGGUUCGAGAAUCGCUACCCGGGAUGCAGAUGUGACGUGCCGAGCCAUAAUUACCAGUUCUCUUGGAGGCCAAACCCCGAAUGGUCGAAUUUCUUCUCCUCUUCGGCCGAGAUCGAGCAGUAUCUAAGCCGUAUAUGCGAGGAAGAGCAUAUGAUGGACGUGAUCAAGACACGACACAAGGUUGUUGGCGCGUGGUGGGAUGAGGACCGCGGACUCUGGGACGUGAGCGUCCUAAACCUGGACACGGGUACCGAAUUCAGGGACCAAGCCAACUUCCUCAUCGACGCAUCGGGCAUUCUCAACCAUCCGAAAUGGCCGGACAUACCAGAUAGAGAGAGCUUCCGAGGUGACGUGGUGCAUACUGCUAGCUGGCCCAGCAAUUUCUGCUACGCCAACAAGACCGUUGCCCUGAUCGGCAACGGGUCAUCCGGCAUUCAACUUCUGCCAGCAAUCCAGCCCAAAACCAAAAAGCUCUAUCAUUUUAUCCGCACCCCAACAUGGGUGAUCCCCCCACGCAUUACGUCGAUGACGAUGCUAGGAGGCCCGGCCAAGAGCGUGCUAAGCGAGAUAGAGCUUGACGAAAAGGAGAACUUCUCCCAGCGGCAGAUCGAGAAAUUCAAGUUGGAUCCCGAAUUCUACCAUAAAUUUGUCAAGACAAUCGAGCGGGAUAUCAACGGCACUUUCCCUCUGGUUCUCAACGGCAGUCCGGCACAAGUGUUCGCAGCGAGCAAGGUAGUCCAGUAUAUGACGGCGCUCCUUGGCGGAGACGAGAAGCUCUGCGAGGCGUUGAUCCCCAAAUUCCCUCUGGGGUGCCGCAGAAUCACCCCGGCGCCGGGCUACUUGGAAGCUCUGAGGACCCCGAACACCGAAGUGAUUACGGAAGCGAUAGCCGCUAUCGUGCCCGAGGGUAUCCAGCUCGAGUCGGGCGAGGUCAUCAAGGUAGACGCUAUCAUUUGCGCGACGGGCUUCGACAACUCUUUCGCACCACGGUUUCCGCUCGUUGGUAGAGAGGGCAAUGUGCAGGACAUCAUGAAGGCGGAGACGCCCCAGGGCUACAUGUCCUGUGCUCUCGCUGGAGUGCCCAACUACUUUACUUUCCUAGGUCCCAACGCGCCCAUCGGUCACGGCAGCGUAUUCACGCUGAGCGAGCAUAUUGCGCGGUACAUCGCGCGGGUGAUUAGCAAGUGCCAGACAGAAGGGAUCAGGGCGCUAGCGCCGUCGGGCGCUGCGGUCGCAGACUACGCGGCGCACGUAGCGGCCUUCAUGCCGCGGACGGCGUGGGCAGCGCCGUGCCGGUCGUGGUUUAAGGGUGGGGAGGAGACCGGGCCCGUGACGGCGCUGCACCCGGGCAGCCGGUUGCACUUCUUCCACAUGCUCGAGCGCUUCCGGGGCGAGGACUGGGAGUACACCUACGAUGGCUCGGAGAACCGGUUCGCGUACCUCGGUAACGGAUUCUCUACUCGAGAGCUCGACCCGUGCGCCGACCCAACAUGGUACCUCGAGGAGGAGGCGGAUCGGCCCGCGAGGUGGUGAGUCAGCGAGUAGGCAAGUGAGCUGCGCGAGGCUUGCACGAUGGGUGGACAGGCUGUGAUGACGAUGUCACGAAGGCUCCCGGCGUUAUAGUUGAAGGGAAAUAGAAGGGAAAUAGAAGGAAGGGGCGGAGGAGUAAGCGGAUAGGUAGGCAUUCCAACCGAGGGGGGUUGUGUACCCAGCAUC